UGAUGACAUGGGCUGGGUGCUGGAUAAGUCCACUGAAUGGAAAAGCAACUUCGACUUCAACUGGCUUGGAGAAGAAAAACAGUGAUUUAACUGGGCGAAAAUACUUUACUUAAGCAAAACUGGCUAGAAUUAGUUGAUACAAGCAAUCGUUCUGUUUUGGCUUUUGUCUAGAUUGUCAGAAAAUUAGCAACAGGUAUGCGUAAGUUAACUAACGUUAGCUAGCCAGCUAACGUUAAUAAUCAAGUCUGUAGUUAAUUAGCCUUGCUAGCUAGCUAUCUAACGUUAGCUAAAAUGUACACACUGCAGAUUGGAAGGGACGCUCGUAGUUUUUGGGGAACUUUCCACGAGUUUAUUACAUUGCAUUGAUGUCUCCUUUUUGAGUUAUGCUUUCAAGAAAGAAAAGUAAAAGUGAGGCGUCGAAACCAGCGGAGGUACACGGGAAAUAUGUCAAGAAGGAGACCUCACCAGUCCUUAGAAAUCUCAUGCCCUCAUUCAUCCGACAUGGACCCACUAUUCCCAGACGCACAGAGGUCCCUCUGCCGGAGCCAGGACCCUCAGCUUACCCAGUGGGACCCAGCCCUGAGCCUGUGGUGGCCCGCAACAAGAGCUUCCUGCGCGCCCCUGUGCAGAGACCACCCCACGAGGUGGCUCGGAGGGAAAGCCAUAGGAUGUCAGCCCCUCCGUACUUACCACGUAGCCUGGGAGAUAUAACCCACGAGUACGGAGGCUCCUCACAGUCCUUCCUCACGGACGUGAGCCCCGUGGCUGAGAACGGGGACGCUGGACGCUACUACUACCCUCCGCCUCCGGAGCCUUACUACGACAGCCAGCAGCAGCAGAGACGGCCUCAGCCCAGGCCACAGCAGCCCAGAGCACCUGAACGCUUCCAUGAGGACUAUAGAUACUAUGAACACAACGAACAUCCAAACUUCCAAAGACUACCACCACAACAACACACCUCCCCGACCCCCAACAGACCGCCAACAGGUAUCGGUCGGAUGCAGGCUAAGUCUCUGGGGAACCUGUCCAGUCCGAGCGGCGAGGACCUCCCCCUGCCCCGUGGUUGGACGGUAGACUGGACCAUCCGAGGCAGGAAGUACUACAUCGACCACAACACCAACACCACCCACUGGUCCCACCCCCUGGAGAGGGAGGGUCUGCCCCCUGGCUGGGAGAAGGUGGAGUCGGCUGAGUUUGGAACCUACUACGUGGACCACGUCAACAAGAGGGCCCAGUAUAGACACCCCUGUGCUCCUAGCGUGCCUCGUUAUGACCAGCCCCCUCCCCUGCCCCCUCCGGUAGUGUACCAGCCUCGCCCCUCAGAGAGGAACCAUCCAGUGAUGGUCCCAGCCAACCCGUACCACACGGCAGAGAUCCCUGACUGGCUGCAGGUGUAUGCCCGCGCCCCGCUCAAGUAUGACCACAUCCUGAAGUGGGAGCUGUUCCAGCUGGUGGAUCUGGACACGUACCAGGGCAUGUUGAAGCUGCUCUUCAUGAAGGAACUGGAGCGCAUCGUCAAGUCCUACGAGGCCUACCGUCAGGCCCUGCUGUCUGAGGUGGACCAAAGGAAACCCAGGCAGCAGUGGUACACUCAGGCCCAGCAGCAGUCAGGCAAGAACUUCACAGGGAACAUGUGAACUGGGUCGUAAUUCACUAGGAAGCAAACGGGGGGACAAAACAAGGAAGGACCUACCUGAAUUUGUCCAAUAAUAAACCAGUUGGUUGUUGCUAAACAGUUUGCUACGAUGUGCACUAAUGAAUACAACCCUGAACUGACUGGAAGGAGGUAAUGGACUCUGUGGCUAGCUCGACAUGGGACUUCAAGGACUCUCAUUCUACACUGUUCAUAUGAAGUUUAGCCCUGGGGAACCGUUGUCCCACCCCUCUGAGGUUACUACAGUAGGGAAGCUCCUCCUCUGAGAUUACUACAGUAGGGAAGCUCUCCUCCCCUGAGGUUACUACAGUAGGGAAGCUCUCCUCCUCCUGAGGUUACUACAGUAGGGAAGCUCCUCCUCCUGAGGUUACUACAGUAGGGAAGCUCUACAGUAGGGAAGCUCCUCCUCCUGAGGUUACUACAGUAGGGAAGCUCCUCCUCUGAGAUUACUACAGUAGGGAAGCUCUCCUCCCCUGAGGUUACUACAGUAGGGAAGCUCUCCUCCUCCUGAGGUUACUACAGUAGGGAAGCUCCUCCUCCUGAGGUUACUACAGUAGGGAAGCUCUACAGUAGGGAAGCUCCUCCUCCUGAGGUUACUACAGUAGGGAAGCUCCUCUAAGAUUACUACAGUAGGGAAGCUCUCCUCCCCUGAGGUUACUACAGUAGGGAAGCUCUCCUCCUCCUGAGGUUACUACAGUAGGGAAGCUCCUCCUCCUGAGGUUACUACAGUAGGGAAGCUCUCCUCCUCCUGAGGUUACUACAGUAGGGAAGCUCUCCUCCUCCUGAGGUUACUACAGUAGGGAAGCUCUCCUCCUCCUGAGGUUACUACAGUAGGGAAGCUCUCCUCCUCCUGAGGUUACUACAGUAGGGAAGCUCUCCUCCUCCUGAGGUUACUACAGUAGGGAAGCUCUCCUCCUCCUGAGGUUACUACAGUAGGGAAGCUCUCCUCCUCCUGAGGUUACUACAGUAGGGAAGCUCUCCUCCUCCUGAGGUUACUACAGUAGGGAAGCUCUCCUCCUCCUGAGGUUACUACAGUAGGGAAGCUCUCCUCCUCCUGAGGUUACUACAGUAGGGAAGCUCUCCUCCUCCUGAGGUUACUACAGUAGGGAAGCUCUCCUCCUCCUGAGGUUACUACAGUAGGGAAGCUCCUCCCUCAGGUUACUACAGUAGGGAAGCUCUUCCCUCAGGUUACUACAGUAGGGAAGCUCCUCCUCCUGAGGUUACUACAGUAGGGAAGCUCCUCCUCCUGAGGUUACUACAGUAGGGAAGCUCCUCCUCCUGAGGUUACUACAGUAGGGAAGCUCCUCCUCCUGAGGUUACUACAGUAGGGAAGCUCCUCCUCCUGAGGUUACUACAGUAGGGAAGCUCCUCCUCCUGAGGUUACUACAGUAGGGAAGCUCCUCCUCCUCUGUUUUGUAGAGACAGGAAGAUUACAGGCUGACAGAUCUGCUUGUUUGAAUGUCCAUAAAAGACUAUAAUAAGACGACGGGUUGAGAUUGUGCCUUUUCAUCAGAGGCAGCACUUGCCUGUUAUUUUUUUGCUUUGUUAAAAUUAUAUUUAAAACAUUUCCAUUUAAAGGACCAGCAGUGUUGCCUUAGGAACUCGUUUCCAUAUGAAUUCUGUUUCAUAAAUGUUUUUGUAAUUGUAGCCCGCCCCAUAAAACAGAAAGGAUAUUAUUGAACUUUUCAACAAUUUUAAUGUGAUAUAUUGUAAUUGUCAUCAAUACUUCCUUUUUUAUAAGACAAUCCUCUAAAACGUAUGUAAUUGUCUUACAGGAGAUUUUGAAGUUCUGAUAUGGAACAGGUCUUCAUGAAGACCUGGCGCUUUGUAGGAUACAGUACAGCGUUCCAUGUCAGGAACUUGGCUCUGUGCAUCACUAUACGUCAUAAUUAAUGAUUUAAAACACAUAAGCUACUGGAAACAUAUCUUCAGCCCAAAUUACACCCUAUUCCCUAUUAGCCCUGGUCAAAAGUAGUGCACUACAUAGGGCAGUGUUUUCCUGGUCCUCCU